AUGUCUUCUCAGUACCAAAAGGAUAUGGCGGAUAGCAUGAAACAAAUGGCGGAAUCGUUCAACCGCCUCAGCAACAAGGACAAGAGCCAAAAGGUUGCUGAAACUGAAAACCUCAUGGGGUCCGCUUUGGAUUCUAAUGACGCAAUCAAAGGGUCUGCAGAAGAGGAGGAAUCGGACAAUAUAGUGGAGAGAGACGAAGCGAGGAGAUCUGGGAAAGAUGCGGCGGGAGAUGCGUUGUCCGCUUCUAAAUAUAAUUCGGAGCAUAACAUACAAAUGACAGAUAGGUUGUUGACACGUCGGCAAGAGUUGUCGGGAGAGGCGCGACGAGAAAGUUCGUCGGACGCAAUGGACAACGUGCUUGAUAGCGUGGACGAUGCAGACCAGCUUUCAGACCUUGGGCCGGAAACUCUGGACGACUUUAGGGGGGAAGGGGAGGACCCGAAUCUGAAGAAAGAGAUCGGUGGCGUUCUGUCAGAUGCAACACAGUCAGUAUCGAAAACUGAUUCGGCGCUGAAGAAAGCCAACGCCAAAGAUCGGCUGCAGUUGCGAGAAGCGAACGCGAAGCAUCUCAUGGACCUGGAAGACUGCCCGCCUGGCUACACUCCGCGGAGCAAGGCCACGCCGCAGCAGCUGGCUGCUGCAGCGAGCCCUGGCGAGCCGUGCCCUGUGGCCCUGGCUGACGCGCCGUGCCCGUGCAUCAUGGAGGCCUUCGAGCCCUUAACUGCAGAGCCCGACGAGCCCGCGCAAGCGAAGGAAGCUGAAUUGGCAGAUCCUGAGGGCACGGAUGAUUGCGACGAUUUUCUGCGGAAUGUGGAGAACGAGUUCGGUGAAAAUAUGUCUAGUAUUUCUCAUGAAGCUAUCGAACCGUUUAAGAAGAGACUUAAGCCCGGCGCCCAGGCCGGCAUUAGGAAGGUCCUGCAAGCGUAG